UUGAUUUUACCUAUGCUUAAAAUUUGGUACCACAGGUAGUGCUAACAAUUAUUCCAUAUAUAAUCGUGAAAAUCGAUGGGAAUGAAUAAUUGAUGGGGCAGGUUUAGAGAAGUUUUGUUUCAGCAGCUCUACUUAUUGUUAUUUUCUGCUGACGCCAAUAUCGAUCCUGGACCAUUACCUUGGUAGCGGGUCGAUCGCCGUAUAAAGACCUAUUACGUACCCACUUUCGCGCAACAUCAGUACCGCACAUUUCAGAGUAGGUUACAUUUCUAUAGGUCUUAUCUAACAGUCAAAAGAGUUCAGUGAAGGGGUCUUUCUUGUGAUUAUCCCAAGACUUUAAACAUGGCCUCGCGGGACAAUCGGCCUAUGAGCGCACAGUCACGCACGGCUUGGGAAGACAUGGAUUCUGGUUACGGUAGACCGGACAAUCAGUUUGAGUUUGGGCCAAGAGACGAUCCAGAUUUACCAGUGGCUAUGGAAAACGACAUUUACAUGGAUCGCGACAAGGGGAAAAAUGACCAGGUGGCUACCACCAAACCUGAGGAGAAGCAGGGAUGCUUCACCAAAUUCAGGAAGGGUGUCAGAUCUCUGUGGGCCACCAGACAGACAGAGGAGACCAAAGGCAACAGGGAACUUCACGUGAAGACCACACUGAGGGAACUCAUCAUAUAUCUGGUGUUUCUUAUCAUCCUCUGUGUUGUGACCUUUGGAAUGACCUCUACCACUAUGUAUUACUACACUAAGGUCAUGAGUGACCUGUUCCUGGAUACAACACACGAGACUGGCGGUACCUUUAGGACAAUUACAAAUGUGGAUGACUUCUGGAAAUUUGCUCGAGGCCCUUUGGUGAAAGGCCUGCACUGGGAGACUUGGUACAACAACCAGCCUCUUCCUCAAUCAGAACAAGGAUACAUCUACUAUGAGAACAAGCUGCUGGGACUCCCCAGACUGAGGCAGCUUAAAGUCAGCUCCAAUUCCUGUGUGGUCCAUGAGAACUUUAAAGAUGUCAUCCGUGAAUGUUAUGACUCCUACUCUUCAAACCUGGAAGACAAAACCUCAGUUGUAAACCCAGACAAUUACACUGCAUUCACAUACAAGACAGAGGAUGAACUUGAUGGAAGCAGUCACGAGGCAACCAUAGCAACCUACAGUGGAGCUGGAUAUGUUCAGAAUCUUGGAAAAACAAAGAAUGAAUCCCUUGAAGUAAUAACUUAUUUGUUUAAUAAACUGUGGAUAACUCGAGGGACUAGAGUUGUGUUUGUGGAUUUCACUGUGUACAAUGCCAACAUCAAUCUGUUCUGUGCCAUUCGACUGAUCGUGGAGUUCCCAGCAACAGGUGGAGCUAUUCCAUCCUGGGAUUUCCGUACAGUGAAACUGAUCCGAUACGUAACCAUCAAGGACUAUUUCAUCAUGGCUUGUGAAUUCAUCUUUACCCUCUUCAUUGUUUAUUACAUCGUUGAGGAAGCCCUUGAGAUCAAGAAACACAAGCUGUCCUACUUUAAGAGUCUGUGGAAUAUCCUGGAUCUGACUGUCAUCAUCAUCGCCUUACUCUGUAUUGCGUUUGAUAUUUAUCGGACGGUUGAAGUGGACAACAAGCUGAGUGAACUCAUCAGUCACCCCGACCAGUAUGCUGACUUUGAGUUCUUGAGUUACUGGCAAACAAGAUUUGACAAUGCUAUUGCUAUAGCUGUCUUCUUUGCCUGGGUGAAGAUCUUCAAGUACAUCAGUUUCAACAAGACAAUGACUCAGCUUUCCUCUACUCUCGGCCGUUGCGCAAAGGAUUUACUUGGUUUCGCUGUGAUGUUCUUCAUCAUUUUCUUGGCUUUCACACAGCUGGGGUACCUGUUAUUUGGUACUCAAGUCAAGGACUUCAGCAACUUCCCCAACUCCUUCUUCACCCUGUUCCGUAUCAUUCUGGGAGACUUUGACUUUCACCAGCUGGAGGCUGCGAACAGAUAUCUGGGACCCAUCUUCUUCAUGUUGUUUGUCUUCUUCGUCUUCUUCGUGCUGAUCAACAUGUUCUUGGCCAUCAUCAACGACACAUACUCUGAAGUCAAAGGAGACAUGGCCAACCAGAAGAAUGAGUUUGAGAUGACAGACUACUUCAAGAGAGGAUACCAGAAGAUGGUUGACAAACUGAACCUGAAGCGUGACAAGAUCCAGGACAUUCACGAGACACUUAAACACGCUGACAUCAACGGUGAUGACAAGCUUGACUUUGACGAAUGGAGACAGGAUCUCAAAACACGUGGUUAUGCUGAUGGUGAAAUUGAGGCUCUGUUUGCUAAGUAUGACAUUGAUGGCGAUCGUGUAUUGGACAAGGAUGAACAAAUCAGAAUGCAGGAAGAUCUCAAUAACCAGAAGGCUGCUCUUAAUAAGGAAUAUGACGAGUUAGAGAAAAGUGGAAACCGUCCAGGAACAGCGCGGAGAGCCAGUAGCAGAAUCAGUGAAAAUGACGACAGCGGUGAUGAGAGUUCGGAGAUUGACGACAAUGGAUCUAAAUCCACCAGAUCAGGCAGAGGUUCUAACGGUGUAUCAUACGAAGAAUUUACAGUUUUAUCUCGGAGAGUGGAUAGAAUGGAGCAUUCUAUCGGCAGUAUAGUCUCUAAAAUUGACGCUGUUUUAGUCAAAUUAGAAGCUAUGGAAAAAGCAAAACUUAAACGAAGAGAAACAAUGGGCAAAAUUUUAGACAGCAUUACAGAGACGGAUGGCAGCAAUAGUGAUGAAAUGAAAAGAGAACAGAUGGAAAAAUUAGUUCGAGAAGAACUUGAGCGAUGGGAUUCAGAAACCUCCUUUUCACCCAGCGGCCGAGGUGCUUCCCCCAGUAGUGGGAGCAGUGCCAGAGGGGUGAGGGCGCGGUCCCGCCCAGGGUCAGGACAGCACGGGGUAAGUCAGCAGAUUACUAUGACUCGCGUGGUUACCACGUGUAGAGAAGGACCACGAUCAAUGACUUUUACUUUAUCAUUCCUGCCAUUGAACUGAAUCUCCUUAGCCGUUACGUUGUUGUGUACCAGUAGGUGCAGCUUUAAACUCGAUCACUUCCUAAUGGGAUAACUCUCUGUCCAGAUGUUUUAAAGAAACCAAACAUUGUACACUAAAUCAGGGGAAGCUGUUGCCAUCUGAUUUUAUUGUUUGACUGUGAUAGAUUACUAUAAUCAUAUUUUUAUUUUGGGUAACCACAAAAAAGUGCUUAAAUUUUUUAUAUUGAUACUUGAGCAAAAUUGCAUUGAUGUAAGGUUUGUCUUUAUUAAUAAUCAAUUUGAGUAAAAACUUACCUAAAACUCUAGCAGAUCAGUAGAGUUUAAUUGAAACAUCAAAAAGCAGUACCACACCCAAAACUUAACAUCCACCCAAACAAAUCUUACAUCACUGAGUUUUGUUACAUUGAAUUCAGAUAUCAUAUGGAGAAUGGAGACAAUAUCUUCUUUUUUUUAACAAAAAUGUCCUGAUUGGGACCAAUAUUGUCAUUAUGCAAAAUUAAUCAACUGCUGAUUUACGCGUAUAUUCAAUUGUGAUAAAAUAUACAAUGUUUUCUUAUGCAUGCUUUAUACAUGUACAUUACUGAGAUACCAAUUUUAGAUAUCAAUGAAAUCCUGCUAAUUUACAUGAUGUACCGUCCAGUGAAAUGUCCAUUUGAUCCCUCCAUUUAGCAGUCAGGUAUCCCAUUGUGAACUGUGCAUUCUAUCAUAGAUGCUAAUAGUUAUUGUGAUGUGUCAAUCUAGUCUUUAUGCUUUGUUUAUAUUCUGAAUUGAAUCAAGAUGUCAAUUUUUUAUUGGUUUUAUAUUGUUUAAAACUGCUGUUGAAAAAUUGUUAAGAAAUCUAGAACAAAAUUGUUUAUAUACAUAUACAGGUAGUUGUAUUUCCACAGAGCUUGUACGACCUACUAAACCAUGCAAUACAACCAGUGCUGAGUGCAGGUGCAAUGCUACAUGUUUAUAGUUUUUAUUAUUUGUCACUCUCAACAAUUCGUGACUUUUUUGUCAUGAAGCUCUAUCCAUAACCAGAGUCUCAUCAGAAUUCCGUCCACGUUUGAUGUUUGUAACUUCUGAAUCGAGCAUGAGUCCAAUUCACUGAAAAAUAAAAAAAAAAUUGUAGUACAUCCUUAAAAUUUCGACUCAACCAUCCAAUAUCAUCUACAUUUGGGAUAAAAAUAAAACUAUUCUGAAAAGGUUUCGAAUAAUACAUGUAAAUGAAAGCUGGAUUUUUUUUUCUUUAAAAGUAUUUGUUCACUGUUACGAUAUUAAUUAAGGUUUUAUGCAAGAAGUCAGAAGUUACUUACAGGAUUGUAACAUUGUUGUGACAGACACUUUUUAACUCUGUGGUAGAUGUACUUAACUUGUUACAGAGCAAAUAUAUUUCACUGCAUUU